AUGGAUUUCACUUCUGAUCUGGUAUCAGGUAUAGAACUCUCCAAAUUGGACGGAGGAGAUUCAGGAACGCAUUCCAACUCUUCAAUUAUUGGCAACGAACAGUCCAAUUUUGAAUUGCUGGACGCCAAUGAAAGGCAGAAGCUAAAAUUGCAAGAUGAGAAAGAGGCAUUGCUUCGGGAAAGAAAUCUUCUCCUAGAAGAGAUUGCCAAAUAUAAAGAAUCUGAUCUGGUUGAUGAGAAUGCAGGAGAAGCGGAUAAAGAAACCAGUAAGGCCGAUGAGAUCAAUGCCAAUAUAAGAGCAACUUUGGACUCUAAUGGUAUUGCUCUCUUUAAAGAUAUUUUAUCCAUUGUGAAGGAUCCCACUUCUUCGAAUGUGAGGAGUUCUAAAUAUGACACUUUGCCCAUAUUGACAUUACAGUCUCGUAUUCAAUAUAUGAAGAAAUAUACUUUCCCCUACAUGACUCUAUCAAUUAACUCUGGCGAAGAAUCUACAGAGUCAGAAAAUGAAGGAUCAAUCACAUGUGAGUUUAAGUUUACUAGAAACAAGGACACAAAUUUCUCCAUUGAAUUGCAGGUGAACUAUAAGUUAUCUGCUUUGACUAUCAGCGACUAUCAUAUAACUAACAUCUCACCAGAUUUAAAGCGUAAUAUCGGACCACUUUUGGAAGAAAGCCCUCCAUUAAAUGCCAAUCUAAUAAUAUUUUCCUGUUAUGAAUUCGACAGACUUUAUUUUAAGAGGCUUGGCGUAUUUGAUUAUCUUUCUUCCGAAUUUGACUAUUUGACCACCUCCAGGCGUGACCCUAAUCAUCCCGAGCUACUAGUUCUUCGAGGAGACGCGAUUGUUAAUGAUCAUACUUUUGAUGUUGAGGUAGUGGUCCAAUUUAAGAUAAUUUUUUCAUCCGGCAACAAAGUGCCAAGAGAUCCACGUCCAUUAUCGUCCAUCCAUGUUCAAGUGAAGAAGGAUGGCUUUCAGUCAUCAGCAGAAAAUGAAAGUUUAAAUUACAUAUGCAGAACUGUAACAAAAAGGAGUGGUGUCAAAUCUGGACUUCUUGAAGCUUGCAGGCUGGUAUUCCACCCUCUUUGA